CUCGUGACUUGCCUCGAAAUCUCUUUGGAGGAGGGGGCCCGGGUUUCGGGUCGUCCUCCCCCAAUUUGAGCAAGAAAAUUUCGACGCUCUUUCCUUGCGUCUUCCUUGCUGCCCACGCCAAAAGCGCGCGAGCCCGACUUCCGCGUAGAAAAUAUAAAAGGUCAAACGGAUCAGGCCCGAAACAACAUCUCCUUUCGCCUAUCAAAUCCCUAAAUUCCAGACGCCUUUCUCCGCUCGAAGAUCCCGAUCCCCGAUUCCCGAUUCCGGGAAUCGAAUUCGGGAAAUCGAACUUUUGCCCACCGGCGAUCGGCUCCUCGAUUCCAACCUCCCGUUUUAAAUUUCCCUUUUUGGCGCGAAAUGCCCAUGAAGCUCGACGCCCCCAACGGCGGCGCUGCCGCGGCGGCGGUGGCGGCGAACGGGGCGGAGGGGGAGAGGGAGAGGGACGGGGACGAGCUGUUCGUGCCGCCGCUCAACUUCGCGAUGGUCGACGGCGGCUUGUUCAGGUCGGGUUUCCCCGACGGCGCCAACUUCAGCUUCUUGCAGUCGCUCGGGCUCCGGUCCGUCAUAUGUUUGUGCCCCGAGCCUUAUCCGGAGGCGAACAGCGAGUUCCUGGCGGCCAAUGGGAUUCGGCUUUUCCAAUUCGGGAUCGAGAAUUGCAAGGAAUUUGAAUCCAUGUCAAGUGGAUGCAUUCAUAUCAGAAGUGUUCACAAGACUCGAGAAUACGAAGAACCUUUCAUCAAUAUUCCAGAUGAAGCAAUUCGUGAAGCGCUGAAAGUACUCCUUGAUGUAAGGAACCACCCUGUCUUAAUCCACUGCAAACGUGGGAAGCACCGAACUGGUUGUCUUGCGGGAUGCCUAAGAAAGUUACAGAGGUGGUGUCUGUCUUCUAUCUUUGAUGAGUACCAGAGGUUUGCCGGCACUAAAGCUAGAGUAUCGGAUCAGAGAUUUAUAGAGUUGUUCGAUAUCUCAAGCUUGAAGCACUCGCCAAUGUCAUUUUCGUGUUUAAAAAGAUGAUGAUGUUGAUAUUUUCAGCUGUUGCUGCCAACUAUCAAGGGUUCAAAAGGAGUGUCCAAGUUAGUGAAGUCGAGUCACAGUAUGUUUCCUAUCUUUAAUACUUUCAACACUGUCUUCAGGGUAGAUUAGUGUGCAAAGUAGAAAAUUUUAAUUUUUGGGGACUAUUGGGUCGAUAUCUGGGAGUAGAACGGGCUGCAAUGCGAACGUUGUUGUUAACUGCUCUCUGUGUAUUAUCUUUUCCAUUUGUUCAUCAGAGUCACUGACUAUGUUAGUUGAUAUGUCAGCUUCUCAUUUCGACAAGAGAUCAUGGCAUUAGUUGGGUUAGUUGGGCAUUUUGAGCUGUGUAGCACUUGCCAAUCUCAUUUUCUUUUGCUGGAAAGGACCAUGCGUGGGCCGGCUUUCGAGCCGUCGCUAGCAACCAACCACCGCGGUAGCAAAAAUUGGGUAUCAUAGUUGUUGCCUUCCGAGAGUAGCACAGGAUGCAAAGUAGAUGUUCAUAGCAUGGAUGAGUGGGUGAACUUUAUCUGAGUAGUGGUAGUGGUGUAUCCUGUAAUUCACUCUGAGCCUAGUGGUGUUUUCUGUAAUUCACUCUGAACCUUCUUCUCAAUCCUAUCAUAGUUGGUCGUGUGUCA